CUGAUUUGGUCCCCCACACUCAAAAUGGGCGACGAUCAGGGUUCUUUACCGGUCCUUGUACAGGAAUAUGAAGAAGCUGUGGACAACUUAUCCAUAAGUUCUUUGCUGUCUGACAUUGAAAAACUGAAAACGUCCCUUAUCGAUGAUCUGACCGCCAACUAUAAUUACUUUGUACCUCUGUCCAACCGCAUUUCUGACGUUCGGAAACGCUUUCAAGAUGUCACAAAUUCUGUUCGUCAACUCAAUACUACGGUUAAGACAGAACUGCAUGCGACUGCGGUGGACAAACUGCAGGAAAUGUUGGAGCUGCAGGCUAGCUGUCAGUACCUGCUGGAUGUUCACACUGCUCUUGAACGCCUCGAGGACCGUACUGCUAGCCUUUUCCGCCGAGUUGGGUGUUACAGCAAAAGCGCUUGCUCGACCAAGGUUGCCGACCUUUACGAGGAGCUAAAGAGGACCAGCGAGUCGCUUCUGGGAGGGGACGGAGCGGAAGCCGGGGGCGGAGAUGAGAACUUGCUGGAGGCAGGCGAUCCAUGCGAGAAUUUCGACCUUGUAGAAGUCGAAGAACUCCUCUCCAAAGCGUCUUACUUCAACAAAUCCGAGGUGGCGGUCUUUCAGAGCUUCGAACGGGCCUUUGUAUCCCAAAAGGUAGCGCUGUCUGAAACGAAGUCUAUUGUACUCUAUUUUCCCGCCUUUUACUACUCUGGAAAAGGCUUCCUGUCGGCUGUGGAUCUCAUUCUCAUGCAUUAUGUCGAUGAUAUUGCGCUGCUAGUCUCAAACUUUGGUGGUCAACAGUCUGUAGUGUCGCGGGUGAAUGAGAUCGCUAUGUCGGUUGGUAUGUCCAUAAAUACCGGGAAGACUAAGUUUUUCUCCAGCUGCAUCCCUGACCAGGAGAAGGCGCUCCUGGGAAUUAAUGGCCAGCAAAUUGAAAUAGACAAAUUUAAAAACCUCGGGACGAAACUGCUACCGAAUGGGCAGGGCAAGGACGCCAUUGUCUCCCGCACCGAUGCUGCUCGCUGGACUCGACUUCAUAACUUCCUUCGUUCGCAAUGGCAGAGGUUAAUUCGAAUCUCUACUGAUUCGCCCUCCUUUGCCUUGCCGGUCGCUCUGGAGUUUAACCAACAGUGCGUCCUCUGUGCGUUGGAGGUGUGUGGAAGUACCACAGAAAUCGAGACUAUUCUUAGGCUAGCUGAUGGUCUAAAGGAAACCAAGGUUCUUGUUGACAAACUGUGCCUUGAUGUGUGGAAUCGCAUCUUCCUGCCCUAUUUGGAGAGUCAAAAGACGCAAGAAACCCCGGCUACCCGUUGCCUCCAAUUACGCACGUCCUGUACCAGUAAGGACACGGACGAUGGCGUGAACAGCCGUUCCAAUGUAUGGCGACUGUCGUUAGUCGCCAUCAAACCUGACCUCGAGUGGAGUGACAAUGGUCCAAAGAUUAUUGAGGACGUCUGCAGCACUUUGAAUGAGACUCUGACCGGCCUCAGCCAACGUCUCUUUGUCAAGGGUCUGCUGGCCAGCGCAGCAAGUCUCGGUUUCAUGCAGUCGGAGGCGCCGGGCGCAGCGUCUUCCCAGCUGGCAGCCUUUCUGGACAACAUGGAGACCUUCAUUGCUGACCAGGACAAGUAUGUACUCUACAAGUCGGUGCUGGAGAUGCUUUCCGAAACGGAAAACUUUUAUACACUGCACAAGGUUCGUUUUUGUGGAAAUUACAUAUCUUGA